GCCAGUAACCGAAACAUAUACCCCUUGGCUAGUUUGGAUAUGCUGAGCAGAAUCAGAUGGUGCAGAGAGAUCAUACUGGCUAACGAUUGGCUGAACCAUGGUCAGGUGAUUGGGACUUGGCACAGCAGUACUCUAGGUCAGGCUCUGAUGUAGCUUGUGGCCUAGCAGGCCGGGAAAUACUGAAGCCCGUAUGUCUUGUAAGUGACAGCGGACACAGCUAGUUUUUGAUGGAGCGAAUCUGCAUGCGGCAGGAGGGAAUAAAUGAUAAUGUUAUCGAGGUAAUGCGUCACUGUGAUAUGGACCCUUUCCAGUGAUUACUGAUCUGGUUUCUGCCUAUUUAACAAAGGCUCAUUAUCACACAUAUAUAUAGGAGACAGAAGAGAACAACGCUCCUGCUCCUAGUCAUCUCCACCACGCAGAAUGAAGACUUUCAUCCUGCUCGCUGCCCUUCUUGGCGUGUCCUUGGCCACUGAUAAUAUCGAAAUCAACAAUCAGGGUAAUGAUGGUGGCAGUGUUCAUCAGACAGUGAACAUUGAUAACCAUGAUAACAUCGCCAAUGUCAACCAGUACAAUGGCUGGCACUCCUGGAAUUCCAUCUGGGACUACAACAGAGGAUUAUUUGCUGCCAGGCUGAUGUCCAAGAGAGCAUGUGUGGUUAGCAGGAUGAACAGAAAUGUGGUACCUAGUUUGGCAGAACUGAGCAAAGUCAGCCAGGAGAAACAGGACCCCAAUGCUCCUCCUCCACAAUCUCUGAUGUACACAGUCUCACAGACCAGAGUCAAGAAUGUCGCACAGUUUGGAACCCACAUUGAAGCUCUUUGUAAGGGAGUCCCAACUUUCUAUGCCCAGGAGAUGCAAGGUGCUGGUCUGUUUGUGAACCUGCAAGGCUGUACUGACCUCGGCAUUCUGAGAUUCUUGGGCAUCUCUCUGUGUGGAAGUAUUGGAUGCUAGACCUCUCACCCUCAUUGCUUAUAAUCUAAGUACACUUGCCUGGCUGCUGUAAUUGUGCCCCUCUUCUCUUUAUUCUAUGUAUCCACUGGCUGGACUUCUCAUGUGUAAUUUUAAUAUAUAAAACAAGAUAACAUGUUUAUUAAAGAGCUACC